AUGCCCCAGUGGGAUCAGGAUAAGUUACAUACCCUCUUCGUACCAAGUGAUGUUCAACAAAUCAAUCGCAUUUGUCCAUCAAUCACUAAUGUAAGGGAUACUCUCUCUUGGAUUCAUACGCCGCAUGGUUUCUCUACUGUUAAAUCAGGAUAUUUUGUUAUGCGAAACCUAAUAACUGAGCAUUCCUCUUCUCUUGUACAUCUUACUGCAAACUCGUCUUUGUUUAAAACUGUUUGGAAAACAAAUGCUCCUCCAAGACUUAAAUCUUUCUGGUGGCGACUUUUAUGCAUCAUUGCAUCUGGGUUCAGGUUAAUGAUACUUAUGCUCAGCCCAACUAGGAGCCUCAUUUACAUCAUAAUGCCGCCUCGCUACAACACCUUUGUAGUACUUGUCUUUCUUAUUGUUGUUGUGUGGCUGCCUCUUGGAUUGCACCAAACACAACUGCUGGAGUGGCUUUCCAGUUCAUGUUCCAUAAACCCCCUGCAAACUCCAGAAGAAGCUGAAGCUAUGGCCCUGAAAAUGGCGGUGCAAGAAAUCACAAAGCUUAAUUACAAGGAAGUAACUUUUCUGGGAGCUUGUUCACCGUUAUAUCUACCACUUAGUAUUUCAGCUGACGACAAGGAAACUGACACUACACUUCACUCCAUUACAAUGGAUGUUCAAGACAUAUAUCGGUUAGCAAAGUCGUCGCACCACAUCUUUGUUUGUAUCUCGCGAACG